CCAAAGACGCAUGCGAGAACAAUGUUGCAGCAGUUGUCAUAUGAAAAGACUUAAAAACAAAACAAAAACAGUGCAUGUAUCAACCAAUAUUUUCUGUCAGUACUUUAAGGGACCUCGUUUGACUUUGGAUACAAUUUUGCUAUCAAAGAUCCACAAUGCAGUCAGUGAAGGUCGGAAGCUUUUCCAUCCUCAUUUCCAAACAGCUGGCAGUUACACGCAAUUCUAGUAGAUCGCAGUAUUACGUCCCGUUAAUAUGCGGACAAAUCGCAUCAUUUUGUGUGAAUCUACGCAGAACAUCAGCCUCAAGCUCACAGCCUGUGGUGAUCCGCAUCCCGAGACGCAUGCAAGAACAGAUAGAGAACAUCAAACAGAUGCGAAGCAAAAAGUUUGACAGACUGCCAACAGCCAAACCGGGUAGACUGUUGAUCAAGAGCAAAAACCCACAGCAAAACCAGUCUGUCGCACAUACACUUGGGAAAUUUGAGCAACCUAUUCUGACUUCUAAGGGAUGGAAACGAAACGAAGCACUAGGGGAUUACUUCACCAUUAACAGCACCCAGAGUGCUCCACCUUUCAUGGGAAAACAGGAGAGCGAGGGAGAUGACAGAACUACCCCCCUGAAGACAUUCGAUUGCUUUAAUAUUAGCCCAGAACUGGUAGAGUAUUUACAUAGUCAGAAGAUAAUUCACCCCACUACAGUGCAGAUGCAAACCAUUCCAAAGAUACUAAGGGGACGCAACGUUCUCUGUGCCGCAGAGACUGGAAGUGGUAAAACACUCACUUACCUCCUUCCCAUCAUCCACAAGCUCCAGGCUGAAAAGCAGGAAGAGCAGAUCACAGACUCUGUGAGAAAAAUUCAUGCUGUGGUCGUGGUCCCAUCACGGGAACUGGCAGAACAAGUCACAUCUGUAGCUCGUUCAAUUGGCCAGCGGUUUGGGCUUGUGGUCAAAGUUGCAGGGGGUGGAAGAGGUGUGGGAAACAUCAAAGUGGCAUUCUCUCACGGUCAGCCAGAUGUUUUAGUGUCCACCCCUGGUGCCCUACUGAAGGCCCUAUGGAAGCGGUUUGUCAGUUUGAGAGAACUAAACUUCCUUGUGAUCGACGAAGCUGACACCAUGUUUGACGUCAGCUUUGCAGGAAUGCUUGAGAAUAUUCUCUCCCAUGCCCAGGUGGCAUCCAGGCUAUCUGAGACGUUUGGGCUCACCCGUAAAGCUCAGCUGAUUUUAGUGGGAGCCACAUUCCCCGGUGGUGUGGGAGAGGUCCUCAGCAAGGUGACUGACCUGGGUAGCAUGGUGACCGUUAAAAGCCAGAUGCUGCAUUAUCUCAUGCCACAUAUAAAGCAGACAUUUCUCAGGGUGAAAGGUGCAGACAAGAUUCUAGAGCUGCAUCAGGCUCUGAAGAAGGCUGAACAAGAGCAUAAAGGUGUUCUCGUGUUCUGUAACUCGGCAUCCACUGUCAACUGGCUGGGCUACUUGCUGGAUGAAAUGGGUGUUGGUCACACGAGGCUCCAGGGAGAGAUGCCAGGUGCCAUGAGAGAGGGAAUAUUCAGAAACUUUCAGAGAGGAGAUGUUGAUGUUCUAAUAUGCACUGACAUUGCUUCACGAGGCUUGGAUACACAGAGGGUUGGACUUGUUGUCAAUUAUGAUUUCCCAGAGAGCCACAUGGAUUACAUCCACCGAGCAGGGCGCGUAGGGAGAGCAGGUGGUGCCAGUGGAGGGGAAGUGCUCAGCUUCGUUACUCACCCCUGGGAUGUGGAACUUGUGCAGAGAAUAGAGACAGCAGCCAGGAGGAGAAUGCCUUUACCAGGGAUGGAGUCAGAAAUUCAAAAGCCCAGCCACAAAACUGACUUGAAAAUAAAUGAACAAAAAGUACAUUAAUAAAUUAAGAUCAACAGAUGAGAAUAUUCUGGGUUAUAAACAAGUUAAGCUCAAUGGACAUUGUGAAUUAAUGUUGAUAACCACAAUCAUUUAUUUACACUUGUCCCUCCUUUAAUUAAUAAUAAAAAACAAAUAGCACAAAUCUGGGCUACAGUUUGUUGCUUACAAUGGGAGUGAAAGGGGCACAACUGUUCAAAAGUAUGGCAAUGAGAUGUAAACAAUAGGCAUGUUAACAUGAUUUUAGUGUGAUAAAGUCUCUUACUAAUCUUUUCUGUGGUAAGUUAUAGCCGAUUUUACAACUUUGUUGCCAUGAUGACAUAACUCCAUAAACCCUAAAACUACUGUAAAACUGGCAAUUUAAACAUCUUUACAGCUCAAAUAAUACACAAGUUUUAACAGAAGAAUUAAAUUGUUUAUUAAAUUGUAAGAUAUAACAUUAUAGCACUAUGCCACAAAUGCUGCCGAAUGAGCUUAACUUGUAUUGAACCUGAAAUAUUCCUUUUAUAAAACCUUAAAGAUUUAUUAUAUGUUUUGAAUUGAACUUUGAAAAUAAACCCUAAAUUAUUGAAAGGUAAUGAAAGAGCCAUCGUAUGCCACUGGUGAAAUAGUUUUGGAACCCUGUUCCAAAACCAUAUGAUUUUGUUCUUGUAAACACAAAAUGAGAUGCUAAGCAGAAUGUUCGUUUCAGUCACAAUUAAUAUUUUCAAUGAAUGUGAAUGAUGACAGGCUUGCAGACAUAUACGUUUUUUGGUCAACUGUCCUUUUAAAUGUACAAAUAGCUGCUGAUAGAAAUAUGUUGUGUAAUAUUUCAGCACUGUUUGCCAUGAUUCUCUCACUGUUACAUGUGGCUAACAGGUCGUGGCAUUAUGUGAGGAGUUUGUCUGACCCUGAAUUAUAGAUAAUAUAUCAAAUAGUCUAAUUUAAAAAAAGCACAACGCCCAGACCACUAAACUUCAAGUGUUGUAAGACUACAAAACAUUUGAAUGAAUUUUUUGGAAGAAAUACUGGUUUGUUUGUAUUCAUAUUUCAGUGUAUUGGUUAUAUUCAGUUUUAUGGGAGUGAAUGUGAUAGAAAAGUCUGAAAGUGGGGCUUCACUAACAACUGUUUAUUAUCUUUGCACAAAAGUAGGGUUGCAAUGAGAUAAAUAUGAACUUUGCAGCAGUGUUAUUGAGAAGCAAGGUUUUCAUAACAUUGAUUAGAAAAGACAAACAGUGUGCUGUGAGCUGCUCUGAUGGGCUUAAUUUUGAAGGAAAAAGCAAUCUGGUCUGGCCAAACCAAAAGUCCAUUUUGUGAUAAAAUGUAUUAUGUAACACAUAAAGGACAGACAAACCAUCAUGUGUAAACAGGGUUGGGGAGUAAUGGAUUACAUGUAA